AACUCAAUCGCGAGACCGGAACGCCAGCGUAUUAUUCGGCCAACCUUGGACCCUCCGUGCCGUCACGGGAACAAGAGGAGUCGUUGACUCGGCCGAUAUUUCUUUCCGGCCUCCCCCCACCCUACUUACCCUACAUGGAUAGUCCCGCAUUGAUGGGCGGCGGAGGGGCAGCUUCACUAAGCCCGACCAGCCCCGUCAGCUCCCGCAGUCUCGGAGGUCCAAAUGGCGCCCUGAAGAGGAAGAGAAGUGGCGGGGCACUUAUCGGUGCCUUUGACAGUAGUCCGGGCAGUAUUGGCGAUGAUCAUGAUGGUGGUGAUUCAGAAAAGAAGCGCCAGCCCGGCGUGAAGCGUGCUUGUAAUGAGUGUCGCCAGCAAAAACUACGCUGCGAUGUUGUGCAGGAUCCAUUCCAGAGCUGUUCGCGGUGCAACCGCCUCAAGCUCGAGUGCAAGAUCGAGUCAAACUUCAAGCGCGUUGGCAAGCGCUCCAAACACGCCGAGAUGGAAAAGGAGAUUGACAAGCUGCGCCGCGCUGUGCAGAGGGCAAAGUCGCAGGGCUUCGCCCUGGACGACGACGAAGAGCUCGACCACUCGCAGUUGCACUCGCCCGUCGUCAACAGCGUUUACUCGCACACCCGGAACCCCUCAUUGAUGGGCUCCGACGAGGUUGUCUCUUCGCUGUUGCAUCUCAAACGCGGCGGCUCGUACGCCAUGCCCCGAAUAUGUCGGGAGCUAGAAGACGUCAGGUUGACAGAAGACGCGGAGCAUCAGCUCUUCCAGGAGUUCUUCACUUACUAUCACCCUUAUCUACCUUUCCUCGACCCCACGCAAACUCCCGAUCAGUAUUACCAGCAGCUCAGCCUGCUCUACUGGGCAAUCAUAUCCGUCGCUGCCCGGCGUUACACAGCCGAUCCAAUGCUUCUCACUCAACUCUCAAGGCCAUUGACGAGGCUGCUCUGGUCGACAAUAGGGGAUGUUCCUCAAGGUUAUCAUGUCGUCAAGGCGUUGUGUCUGCUAUGCACAUGGCCUCUGCCGACGAGCACGACGUCAACGGACCCUACGCACAUCCUAUGCGGCGUGAUGAUGAAGGCAGCGACAGCUAUAGGCCUGCACAGGCCCAAUCAUAUCAAUGACUUCUCCAGGGUGGCCAUUGACCUAAACACGCAGCAGCUCCAUGACAGGGUCAAGACAUGGGCGGUUUGCAACAUCGUCGCGCAGACUAUUGGCACGGGCUACGGACAACCCGCCUCCACACUAUAUGACUGGACCUUGGCUGCGAGGCCGGGCGACUCGGGGCCCUUCACACUCUCUCCCGAGCUAGAAACAAGGCUCCAAAUAGAGCGCUUCUGCGACAAGGUGUCAAAGGAGAUGUAUAGUAACGCGAGCGACCCUAGGGGCGUUGCUGGGGACGAACAUCGCGCAAUGCUGAUGAGAGUCUAUCGGCGGGAGUUUGGCGAGCUUCAGGCCGCCAUCCUGUCCCGUAACCUAUCGCCAGUUGUCAACCUGCAUCUGAAGGCGGCUGGCCUUCACUUGCGACUGGCGGGCUUCUUCGACUCCAGCGCCACGCCGGGAUAUAUGGAUGACUUGAUGGGACUUUGGCGCGCAACUGUCAGCUUCCUCGACUACAUUUGUGAAGGGGAUAGCUCGUUUGGCGAUGGGAGCAUGGGGGGCGACUACCUCCUCAGAUAUGCGUCGAAUUACAUCCAACAGAUGCUGGUCGCUGCCGGGUUCGCAUUACUGAAGCUCCUAAGAUCAUUCUUCGCCAAAUCCAUCGACUUCGACCGAGGACGUAACCUCUUCCACCGGACUAUCCAGGCUACAAGAGCGACAAGCGUCGUCCAGAAUGACCUCAACUGGAGGCUCGCAGAACUGAUGGUGCAAAUCUGGAACGGCGCGAGACUCGAAGGCAGUCAUCAGUCGUACGGCGAUGACAGUGGGACCGAGAUGGACGACAGCCUGCAACUCAAAGUACGCUGUCGACACAGCAUGAGUCUUGUCUUCGACUCCAUCUGGCAUUGGAGGGAGGAGUACCAAGCCAGAGGCCGCGGCACCCUUGAUGGUAUGUUGUCCGAUUCUCUGCUGCAUCUGCUCCAGGCUAAGACAACCUUGGUAGCCCUCAAACAACCUACAAACCCUGAUUCGGCUAAUGAAUCGUCAGCAUCGUCGACCCACCUGGACACCACACUUGCGCCCUCGGGUCACGGCUUACCGACGAGCCUCAACCUCGCCACAUCCAAUGCGGCCCUCACACCGAGUGCUACGUCCGCCAUGGGAGGAACGGGCCAGAAUUCGUUGCUUAGUAUGAGCUACGAUACCUUCGAUGCCUGGGACCCCCAGCACUGGAUGCUGGACGGGUUGGUUGACUUCAACUAUACCUUCGUGCCGCCGCUUGAAGGAGCUUAGUUAGGAGCACUCUGGCACCU